AUGAUUAAUACAGGCACACCUCCACAAACUUUCUCGGUCGUCUUUGACACUGGUAAUUCACUCACUUGGGUACCAGCCGCUGAGUGCCAUACUCCAGAAUGUCGACAACAAUCCCAUCUCUACAAUUCAAAUUCUUCAUCAACUGCUGUCAAUCUCCACAAAAAGCAAUCCAUCAAGUACGAUGAAGGUGUCUGCAUUGACGCCAGGCUCUAUAGAGAUACAAUUUCAGUUGCAGGUCUUGCUGUACCUAAUCAAUUGUUUGGUAGUGCUUAUAGCGUCAAAGGUCUAGGUGGCCCUUCUUAUCGUAUGUAA